AUGUCUUCCUUGCGCCAGCACGCCUUGGUACAGUAUGCACUGCUUGUCGCCGCCUCGCUACUUUCCUACGGCGGAGCAUUGUACGGAACGUUCGUGUUUGACGAUUCGGCAGCAAUCGUAAAGAACAUCGACGUACGUAACGUGGCCACCCCGUUUCACACCCUGUUGCGGCACGAUUUCUGGGGCAACAAUUUAACCGACCCGACCAGCCAUAAAUCCUUCCGUCCGCUGACCGUGCUAAGCUAUCAGCUGGAAAAUCGUCUCCUAGGUUUAAAUGCCGGCCACAUGAAAAAGGUUAACCUUGUCCUGCAUACGAUCGUGUGUCUGCUGGUGUUACGUCUUUACCAAACGGUAUGGCGCGAUACCGGCCCAUUCCGUACUUCGUUUUGGGCCGCCUUUGUCUUUACCGUUCAUCCAGUGCAUACCGAAGCGGUCGUUGGUAUUGUGGGACGAGCCGAUUUGCUAGCAUCGAUCGGAUACAUUACCGUCCUGUUGUUAUACCAACGUUGGUUAACGAGCGAACGCCGGUACAGUGUGUUGGUGUUUCUGGUUCUUUUCCUCCUCACCAUAGUAUCAAUGCUGUUCAAGGAAACGGGCAUGACCGCUCUGGUGGCGUGCGGGGCAAUCGAUUUGCUGAAAAGAAUCAAUUGGCAUUACGUGCGGAUGCCUGUGCGUGAUUUGUUACAAACGCAUCGGGCUUGUUUGGUACGCGUAACUACCCUGGCCAGUCUUUCACUGGUUGCAGUCGCGGUGCGCUUUUGGAUUAUGGACUUCGAAAGUCCAAAGUUCCAUCGAAUGGAUAAUCCAGUGGGGGCGACCAACAGUACAACCACACGAAUACUUUCCCAGAGUUAUCUGUACUGGCUCAACUCGUAUCUUUUGCUUUGUCCCGAUAGGUUAAGCUUCGAUUGGGCCCUUGGGUCCGUUCCGUUGGUGGAAAGCAUUUUCGAUGGCCGCAUGCUUCUCAUCGGAUUAUUUUACGGAACGGUAGCGAUACUAGCGUUACGGAGCAAUGAAUCCAAAGCAAGAGAAAUUAAAAUAUCGCUAGCGUUGACCAUUGUUCCUUUUUUACCGGCUUGUGGAUUUGUACGGGUUGGGUUUGUAAUUGCCGAACGGUUACUGUAUCUUCCCUCGGUCGGGUUUUGCUACCUCCUAGCGGUAGGCUACCGGCGAUUGAUUAAACGAUCCGUCGUAUUCUACAUUCCGCUAUGCUUCCUGUGCACCAUGUUCAUCCUGAAGACACAAUCCCGUGCAUACGAGUGGACCUCGGAAGAUGUUUUGUUUCGUUCGGCGUUGCGUGUUUGUCCGAGGAAUGCCAAAGUGUACUACAACAUUGCCCGACUUGCAACCGACCAGGGAGAUCGUGAAACUGCCUUCACAUUCUAUCGGUACGCCAUCGAGCUGCAUCCGGAGUAUGAAGCGGCUCACAUGAAUCUCGGCAAUAUGUAUCGGGAAAUGCACAAGCUGGAUACUGCCGAACGUCAUCUAAGGAAAGCGAUUGAAAUACACGAACCUUUUCCAUCGGCGUGGAUGAACCUGGGAAUUGUUCAAGCGGCUCGAAAAGACCACCAAGCAGCGCUGAUUAGUUAUCAGCGAGCAUUAGAGCUAAAGCCAAACUAUGCGAACUGUUUGUACAAUUUGGGUAACCUGUACAUCGACAAACAAAACUCCUCAAUGGCAUUGCGGUACUGGCGCGAAGCAAUACAGCAAAACCCACGCCAUAGCAAAGCGUGGGCCAACAUUCUGGCACUGUACGAUAAUCGGGGCCGCACGGAGGACAUUAUACGCACAUCGGCACUCGCGCUUACCUUCCUGCCGAACGACACCGCCAUCCUGUUUACCCGUGCCAAUGCGUUCGGCAAGCUCGGCCAGUACGAAACGGCUGAGGCACUUUACCGGCAGAUCAUUGCCGCCCGUCCGGAUCAUGCUGUGUACCGUGCCAAUCUCGGUGUCCUGUACCACCGGUGGGGCCAACGGAACUCUCAAGCGAUCGAGCAGUAUCGGGCUGCGCUACGCUUAGAUCCUAACUUGCGCAGUGCCAAAACAAAUCUUUUGAAACUGAUGGACUCAUCGUAA